AUGGCAGCGGCACUUUUCCUUCGACAAAUAUGGGCACUGACCUGGAAAGAUCUAUUGCUCACUCUCAAUCGCAAACAGGCUGCGUCAACUAUAUUUCGCGCCUUCACAGUCCCGUUGGUUUUCGUGAUGUACAUGUCUUUCAUCAUUCGAGUCUACUGGCCAAAGGAGACCUACGGCAUUGGAACAUCCACACCGAUCAGAAGCCUUCCAGAUGCUUUGAAUGGUGCUGGGGAAGGCCGCCACACUCUUGCACUCUGCAAUUACGGACCUAGAGACGGUGACAUCGACAAAGUCAUAGCCGCUAUAGCUGCUUCAGCCAGAACAACUGGGAAGCCUGUCGAGCUCCUGUAUAAUCCAGACGACCUUCUGACAGUAUGUCGAAGUGCACUAUCAGGAAACACCAAAUGCUUUGGGGCCGCCGAAUUCUAUACUUCGCCCAAGGAAGGCGGUGCCUGGAAUUACACUCUUCGCAACGACGGCGCGUUCGGAAUAUCAAUCAAUGUGAAGAAGAACAACAAUGACGCAGAGACGUACCCGAUUCCGCUGCAGCAUGCAAUCGACGCUGUAAUUGCAUCUGUAGAGUUUGGCGAAGACACUACCAGUCUCCCAAAAACGGUCGAGGAGUACCCAUUCACGUCUAAGACCCAAAAGCAGUGGGAUGAUUCUAUUACGACUUCAAUCCAGAAUGCCAAUACAAAGUACAUUGGUAUCGUAUGGUACCUUGGCUUUGUCGGCUUGUGCUAUCAAUUGGUCGGUAUAGUGGCCGGAGAACGAGAGCAAGGUAUGGCAGACUUGCUUGAAUCAAUGAUGCCGAAUACUGCUCGUUGGCAGCCACAGGUUGCUCGCUUGCUUGGGCAUCACAUCGCCUUCACAAUAAUAUAUUUCCCAUCGUGGAUUUUGAUGGCAAUAAUUGCCAAAGUCGGCUUAUUCCCCAAGAUCUCUCUGGGCAUCCUGAUCAUUUUUAACAUCCUGGCUGGCCUCUCCCUGAACUCUUUCUCCAUUCUCGGGGCGUCCAUCAAAAGAUCUCAACUGAGUGGCAUUACUGCCAUCGUAGUCGCGCUCGUGCUCGGCAUUGUCGCGCAAAUUACCGCCGAAACGCUGUCCACUGCCGCAGUAACUAUCCUCAGCAUCAUCUUCACUCCCAUGAAAUACGUCUUCUUCUUCAUAUUCAUGGCCCGCUACGAACACAAACAAAUACCGGCAAAUCUCGUUGAAGCUGCUCCUGGCGCAACCUGGAGAGUACCAGGCAUUGCCUUCUGGAUCAUGAUGAUCGUCCAAAUCUUUGUGUAUCCAGUACUGGGAGCAUCAGUGGAGCGGUAUCUCUAUAGCACCGCCUCCAAAAGAGGGAGAACCGUCACAUACGAUGAUACCACGCAUCCGUUCUACAGAGUGGUUGCACCCUUACUCGGAUUCGAGAAGACACCAGUGGUAGCUGUGAAAAGCCUCUCGCUUACAGCCUUGCCCGGCCAUAUCUUGGUGCUCGUGGGCGCCAAUGGAUGCGGAAAGCCGACAACCCUGAAUGCUAUUGCUGGGCUCAAUGAUGUCACGUCCGGUGCAAUUGAUCUGGAUGGCACAGGCGGAAUUGGUAUCUGCCCGCAGAAGAACGUGCUGUGGGAGUCUCUAACCGUCGAGCAACAUACCAAGAUAUUCUAUCGGAUCAAAUCCACGACCAUUAGUCCUGCGUCAGAUGGCGAGCUUAGCCAACUCAUCUACGACUGUGGAUUGACUAAGAAGAUCAAGGCAUAUGCUGGGACGCUCUCUGGCGGACAGAAGCGGAAACUUCAGCUCAUAAUGAUGCUCACAGGAGGAAGCAAGGUGUGCUGCGUUGACGAGGUCUCCGGAGGUCUCGAUCCACUGUCGCGCAGGAAAGUAUGGGACAUCUUGCUUGCAGCAAGAGGAACUCGCACUGUCCUUCUUACGACACAUUUCCUCGAUGAAGUUAAAUAUCUCGCUGAUCAUAUGGUCAUCAUGAGCAAAGGUGAACUCAAAGCCGAAGGGUCUGUCUCGGAGCUAAAGAAUAAGCUGGGUGACGGCUAUCGAGUGCGCAUACUUCACGGAACCGGAUAUGGCCCACCUCCAGAAGUUGGUGACCUUCUCAACGGCGUACCGAAAGAAGUCCUGUGUGAUCAGACUAUUUAUACCAUAUCUGACACCAAUCGAGCCAUGAACGUCAUCAAAGAGUUUGAAAGCAGGAAGAUCGCCAAUUAUCAAGUCACUGGACCAACAAUGGAGGAAGUCUUCAUGAAGCUUGCGGAAGAUCCAGACUCGGAAAAAAACUUGGAACUUGCUGACUCGAACUCUGAGCCUGCUAUUACCCCAAGUCCCUCUCAUCAAAAAGAAAAAGGCCGUCUUACGAUCACACAAGAGGAGGUAGGAGAACCAUUGAUGAGUGGUCAGAGGCUUGGGUUCGUUCAACAAGCAAUUAUCCUUUUUCGCAAGCGGAUGGUCAUUCUCCGACGAAACUAUCUUCCAUACAUCGCUGCGUUCAUAAUUCCCAUUAUCGCAACAGCUUUAGUAACGAUCCUGGUCAGGAAGAACCACCUUCCAGGAUGUUCGCCUCGUCAACAAGUAAAUGACCAGGAUAUCGAGACCCUAUCCACCGAGAAUAACUAUAAGCCCUUACUAGUCCUUGGGCCUACAAACGCGUUCCUGAACGCGAAUCUCACCAAAUUCAGAGACAUUCUUCCUAAACAAUUUGGCAACGCAAACACCUCCCAGGCUGCCCUUCUCGAUCAUGUUCAUCUUGUAGAUUCUCUGGACGAAUUCAAUUCAUACAUCAGGCAGAGCUUCCACAACGUUACUCCUGGGGGUUUCUUCUUGGGUGGCAAUGGUUCCAUACCAACGUUCAGCUACUACUCCGAUAUUGGUACAUUGGGAGUUUACUCUUCCGUCUUCUUGCAAAAUGCUUUCGACGUAAUGUCAACGAAUAUUUCCAUUGUCACCAAUUACCGAUCCUUCAAUUAUCCAUGGCCAGACAAUGCGGGCAACUCCAUUCAAUUCAUCUUCUACUUCGGUUUGAUCAUGGCCGCCUACCCAGCCUUCUUCACUCUGUACCCCACAGUGGAGCGACUACAUAAAAUUCGUGCACUGGAGUACUCCAAUGGCGUACGAUCACUUCCCUUGUGGCUUGCAUAUCUUUCUUUUGACUGGGCCAACACGCUGCUAGUCAGUGUUUUUAUCACAGCUAUAAUGACUGCCGCUGCGAAUGACGCAUGGUGGAAUCUUCCCUACCUCUUCAUCGUGCUCUUCCUUUAUGGCUUCGCGUCAGUCCUGUGGUCAUACGUGGUCUCGCUAUGGGCGCGGUCACAGCUGUCAGCCUUUGCUAUCUCUGCAGGGUCUCAAGCAUUCAUGCUGCUCAUGUACUUGACCGCCAUCUUCAAUAUCCAGACCAGACUCGAUCCCACUAAAGUGGAUGACGCUACCACGAUAGUCAACUUCACCUUCAAUCUCGUAACGCCGAUUGGAAAUCUAGCCAGAGCUUUAAUUCUUUCAUUGAACAUGUUCUCUUCGCUUUGCUCUGGUGCACCUUCGAAAAUGGCAACUUUUCCGGGUAGCAUCAAGCUCUAUGGCGGUCCAAUACUCUACCUCGUGGGCCAAUCGCUCUUCCAAUUUGGCGUAUUGAUGCUAGUGGACCACGGCUGGACGCUAAAUUGGUUCAAGAAGCCAGCCCCCGAAUCAGACGUCGAAGACCACGACACGAAAGAAAAGGAAGUUUGCGAUGAGAUCGAGCGAGUAGCUUCCUCUAACGACGGCCUCCGCGUUCUGCAUCUUACUAAGACCUUCAAAACAAGAGCUUUUGGAACUGUAACCGCGGUUGAUGACCUCAGCUUCGGCGUCAAAAAAGGGGAGAUGUUUGCUAUUGUGGGCCCGAAUGGCGCUGGCAAGUCGACUACAAUCACGAUGCUUCGCGGAGAACUCCAGCCUUCUCGAAAGGGCGGCGAGAUCUACAUCGAGGGUGUUGACGUGAGGAAGGAGAGAAAAACUGCCCGCUCGCACCUUGGAAUGACUGUGCUCGAGCAUUUGGAGUUCUACGCAGGUAUUAGGGGUGUCAAAGAGGCCAAGCGGAACGCACGGCAAAUUGUGAAAGCUGUUGGCCUUCAGGUCUUUGCGCAUAUGAUGGCGUCGAAACUGUCUGGUGGUAAUAAGAGGAAACUCAGUCUUGGGAUCGCUUUGAUUGGCAACCCAGAGGUUGUUCUCCUCGAUGAGCCAUCAUCUGGAAUGGAUCCGCUCGCCAAACGCACAAUGUGGAAGACCCUCACCAGUUUUGUCCCAAACAGAUCCAUCUUGCUGACUACCCACUCGAUGGAAGAGGCUGGUCACCUCGCCGACCGCGUCGGCGUCCUCGCAAAGCGUAUGCUCGACAUCGGCUCCACUGCCCACCUCCGCACUAAGCACGGCCACGGCUUUCACAUCCACCUCAUCGCUAGCACCGCGCCGCACACCUCGGCUGCGGAGAUGGAGAGAGUUUGCGUGUGGAUAGAGCAACAGCUGCCGGGGGCGAAGGCAGAGGGGCUACCAUACCAUGGGCAGAUGCGUUUUAGUAUCCCUGCUAGCUCUGGACUUGGAAAGGCGCAGGAUCUGGAUCAAGAUCUGGAGAAGAGUUUGAAGGCUUCUUCGCUACUAGCUCCACCCCCCGAGGACUUGGAUUUGGAGAUCACCCAAAGCGAACCGGGGUUAGGUGGUGCAGGUGUUUCUAUCGGCGCGCUGUUCGUGUUGCUGGAAGAAAACAAGGAAAAGCUAGGCCUGGAGUUUUAUUCGGUGAGCCCGUCGACGAUCGAUGAGGUAUUUUUGAGGGCGGUUGAGAAGCAUAACGUCGGUGAGGAAGAUCGGCCGGAGGCCAAAAAAGACUGGAGGUUCUAUGCGAGACAGCUGAUGAAGAUGGUUUAUUGGGUGUGA